AUGUCCGGUUCCUUCGGGGGAUGGAUCUAUAAGAAUUCACCUAUCCCAAUAACAAAAAAACCUGACUUGAAUGAUCCUGUAUUAAGAGCUAAAUUAGCUAAAGGUAUGGGUCAUAAUUAUUACGGAGAGCCCGCUUGGCCCAAUGAUCUUUUAUAUAUUUUUCCAGUAGUAAUUCUAGGAACUAUUGCAUGUAACGUAGGUUUAGCGGUUCUAGAACCAUCAAUGAUUGGUGAACCAGCAGAUCCAUUUGCAACCCCUUUGGAAAUAUUACCCGAAUGGUAUUUCUUUCCCGUAUUUCAAAUACUUCGUACAGUACCCAAUAAAUUAUUGGGUGUCCUUUUAAUGGUUUCAGUACCUGUGGGAUUAUUAACAGUACCUUUUUUGGAGAAUGUUAAUAAAUUCCAAAACCCAUUUCGUCGUCCAGUAGCGACAACCGUCUUUUUGAUUGGUACCGCAGUGGCCCUUUGGUUGGGUAUUGGUGCAACAUUACCUAUUGAUAAAUCCCUAACUUUAGGUCUUUUUUAAUUUUUAAAUUCAGUCAAUUUUGAAAGAAAAUUAAAAUAUCACGACCUGUGUAUCUAGGGAAUAAUCGCUUCAAACAAAGCGAAUUGCCCCUAGAUACACAUCUAUUAUCUUUCUAUUAUUCAAUUUAAUUGGGGAACUUAUCCCGAUUUCGAAUCUAUGAGUUGUGCUAAAGAUUCAAAACCCAUUUUCGGCCUUUUCCCUAAAUUAAUUGAGAAAUUCUUUUCUAGAAUGCCCAAUAUCUGUUUUACAUCCUUUAUGCGAAAAUGUUCAAUUUUCAUAAGGUCUUCUUGACUGUUAUUCAAAAGGUCCAAUAAUGUAUAUAUAUUGGACCUUUUAAGGCAAUUAUAGAUCCUGGGAGGUAGUUCUGAUUGGUCAAUAAAAAUCGAUUUCAAUGCUCUUUUUUUUUUGUUUUUUCUUAGUUUAUCCAAUUUAUCAUGAAAGGUAAAAGGGGGUAAAGGGACCAUGUGUUGAUUGUUCGCUAAAUGUAAGUUUUCUUCUUCCGUGUGUAAAAAAGGAAUAAAUAAAUCAAUCAAAUUCCGGGAGGCUUCAUGAAGUGCUUCUUUAGGAGUUAAACUUCCAUUUGUCCAUAUUUCAAGAAAGAGUAUUUCUUGUUUAUCAUUCCCAUUCCCAUAAGAAUGAAUACUAUGAUUCGCGUUUCGAACAGGCAUGAAUACAGCAUCUAUAGGAUAACUUCCGUCUUUAGAGUUAUUAUUUGGCGUUUUUAUAAGAUAUCCGCGAUUCCUCUCUAUUUGUAAUCCAAUACACAAUUCAAUGGGUUCCGUCAAGCUAGCUAUAUGCUGUGUAUUGUCAACGACUUCUACAUAAGGCGGUAAGAUUAUAUCUUGAGCAGUUACAUAUCCAGGACCCCUGACACAAAUAGACGCGUCGCAAGUUCCGUAUAGAUUACUUCUCAAUACAAUUUCUUUCAAAUUCAUUAAAAUGUCAUGUACCGAUUCUUGAAUACCCACUAGGGUAGAAUACUCGUGUGGUAUUUUCUCAGAUUUUGCACGUGUGAUACAUGUUCCUUCUAUUUCUCCAAGCAAAGCUCUGCGCAUCGAGAUGCCUAUUGUGUCAGCUUGACCUUUCAUAAGUGGAGACAGAAUAAAGCGUCCAUAAUAAAGACGUUUAUUGUCUGCUUUUGAUUCAACACACUUCCACUGUAGUGUCCGAGUAGAUACUGUUACUUUCUCUCGAACCAUAAUAAUUUUUAAAUAAUUGAAUCAUUUUUUUCUCUUGUUUAUCUUGAAAUACCUUCAAUUUUUAUUUCUACACACGUCGCUUUUUUGGAGGUCUACAGCCAUUAUGUGGCAUAGGGGUUACAUCACGCACAAAAGUUAAUAGUAUACCACUUCUGCGAAUAGCGCGUAAUGCCGCGUCUCUUCCGAGACCCGGUCCUUUUAUCAUGACUUCCGCUCGUUGCAUACCUUGAUCCACUACUGUACGAAUAGCGUUUCCUGCUGCGGUUUGAGCAGCAAAGGGCGUACCCCUUCGUGUACCCUUGAAUCCACAAGUACCGGCGGAGGACCAAGAAACCACUCGACCCCGUACAUCUGUAACAGUCACAAUAGUAUUAUUGAAACUUGCUUGAACAUGAAUAACCCCCUUUGGUAUUCUCCGUGUAUUCUUACGUGAACCAAUACGUCCAUUCUUACGUGAACCAAUUCUCGGUAUAGUUUUUGCCAUAUUUUUUGCAUCUCAUAAAUAUGAGUCAGAGAUAUAUGGAUAUAUCCA